AUGGCACCACAGAAAAAGGACCUCAAGAAGAAGGCUAAAGCCCCCGUCAAAUUCACUAUCGACUGCUCGGCCCCUGCUGGUGAUGGCAUCUUUGAUGUAGCUGCUUUCGAAAAGUUCUUACACGACCGCAUCAAAGUCUCUGGCCGAACAAACAAUUUGGGUGAAGCCGUCGCCAUCAGCAAGGCCUCUGCAAAGUCGGCGGAAGUCGCAAUCACCAUCAAGGAUGUCCAAUUCGCAAAACGUUACUUGAAAUACUUGACAAAGAAGUUCUUGAAAAAGAACAGCUUACGAGACUACAUGCGAGUGGUUGCCAAGGGAAAAACUGGCUAUGAAUUGAAGUACUUCAAGUUGGAUGAAGAUGCUGAAGAAGAAGCUGACGAAUAA